GGUCAAAGGAAGCUCAUUCGGAAUCAGCAAGGACGAAACAUGGCAGCAGGAGGCAAAAAGGUUUUUGAAGCGUUUGUGUCUAAAGUCCCUUGGACGAUUGCAACGAAGGAGAUCAGGGAGUACUUUGGGCAGUUUGGCCAGGUGAAGAAAUGUCUGUUGCCUUUUGAUAAAGAGACAGGAUUUCAUCGGGGGUUUUGCUGGAUCGGGUUCAAUUCAGAAGAGGGACUUCAGAAUGCACUACAGAAAGAUCCCCACAUUAUUGAGGGAGCAAAGCUCCAGGUGCAAAGAAACAGAAAGGCAUUUAUUGGAAGAAAAUCAAACAAGGAAGCAGAAGAAAGCUGAAAAUGCCUGACCUUUUUUUUUUUAUUAUUUGGAAGUGAAAACCAUCCAGUGUCAAGAGUUGUGCCCCGAGUAACAAAGAAUUGUUAUUUAUUAUGGAUGUUUUUUUUUCUCCCAAAAAAAGUUAACCUUUCAUUAAUGAUUGUUGUUAAACUGACCACAUGUCUAGUGUUUUUGUUUCU